GUCGCUCGGUUGUUUCCGUCAGCUGCUCUCGGUGUAGUGCCGAGGCGCUGUAUUCGCUGAGUGGCCUGUGUGGCGACUGACUGACAGGAGCGACCGACCCUGGAGCUUCCACCCCAGGGACUCAGAACGGAGAGAGGUGUUCCAGGGGUUGAAUGUACGACCAGGGAGAUGGUGUCUGCUGUGGACCUGUUGCAACGAUAUUCAGUUUCUGAAUGUACAUUAUGGAUGACGACAGCCAAGAUGAACUGAUUAAUGUAAAUGCUGCAUUGGGGAAAGCAAGAGGAAAACGAGAAGUCGUAGCCAUUUUCAGUGACGGAGAGGAAUCUAGCAGUGAAGAUGAUCUAGAUGAGGGUGGUACAGAUGAAGAUGAUGAUGAAGAUGAAGAUGAUGAAGAAGAUGGAGAAGGAGUGGAAGAUGAUGAUGAAGGUGAUGAGGAAGAUGAUGAGGAUGAAGAUGAGGCAGAUGAAGACAAUGAAAUCGAUGAUGAGGCAGAGGAGGCUGUUAGAGGAGAUGACGCAGAGAAAACAAGUUCUGGAGGGAAAUGGGGAAGCAAUUCUGAUGAGGAGGCCGAAAACUGCCCAAUCUGUCUGAAUACUUUCCGAGACCAGGCUAUUGGAACUCCAGAAAGCUGUGCACAUUACUUUUGCCUUGAUUGCAUUCUUGAAUGGGCAAAGAAUGCCAAUUCAUGUCCUGUUGAUCGAAUAAUCUUCAAACACAUCUGUGUCCGUACACAUUUUGGAGGAACAGUCAUAAAGAAGAUUCCAGUGCAGAGCCCUGAUAAAGAUAAUGAAGAGGAGGAAGAGGACGUGACAAACUGUGAGGUGUGUGGACGAAGUGACCGUGAAGAUAGCCUUCUCCUCUGUGAUGGUUGUGAUUCGGGAUACCACUUGGACUGUCUCACUCCUGCCCUUAAUACUGUUCCAGUGGAAGAAUGGUUUUGCCCAGAAUGUGCUGCUAACAAUCCCACACCUGUGGUUGAGGAGAUUGAUGAAGAAGAAGUUGCCUUCCUUGUUGCUGAUGCAGCUCAAGAACCCACUACUUCCCGGUUACGUCCCUCUACUAGAAGAACUCGUGCUAUUGCAAGAACUCGCCAAAGUGAACGUGUACGGGAAAAUGUAAAUCGGAGCAGGAUUACCCGUGCCCAUCAAAUUGAGCAUGUGCCACAGUACUUGAUGAAUGCAAGCCUUCUGGAUGAAACUAUUGAAACAGUUGUUGCAGGCUUAAACACAGCUGUGUAUCACCGGCCUCUCACUCCACGAACUCCAAGCACAAAGAAAUGUAGACGAAGACCAGGUAAAAAGAGGAAAAAAGCUGGAACAAAGAAACCUCGCAGCAAAACCAGUCAAGCGUCUGGAUCAAAAGUCACUGGAAAACCUGCAAGGAAACGUAGGAGAAAAGUGAAAAGAAGGAAGGGAAAGAAGAAGGCAGUUAAAUUGAGUUUCACAGCACGGUCACGCAUUGCAAAGAACCUUGGCCUUGGAAAGCCUGUAAAUGGCAUUUCAGUUCCGUCUGUGUACAGGCCUCUAGAACCAUCCCUGAAGUCUAUGCGAACAGAUAUUGGAGCGGCUUCAUUAUCUGUAUACGGUGAUCCAAAUGACCUGGACCCAUUUGAAAGUGCUGCUGAACCUUUGGGCAGGGAAACAUCAAGCCCUAGGUCGCUUGUUAGCAACAAAAGAAGAAUUCUUUCCCGCUCAGCUCUGCGAUCUCAUCGGCCCGUAGCCCGACCAAUUUCUGUAAAAAUCUCAAGGAAUGGAAGACUUCCAGUUGUUGCACAGGAAGGAGCGCCAGAAACUCCCCCCGUACCCGAUGUGUUGGGAAGUAUCCUAGCAGGACAGAAUGUCUUACUGAUGGACAGUUCUGAUGUUGUCAUCAAUAGGGAUGGAAGCCUAAAGCUUAAAGAUGGAGGGCAACCUGUAAAAUCAAGUAACAACAAAACUGGUGAGGCAUCGAAUAGAUGUUCAUCAACAAGUGCUUGCAUCUCAGGGAUCUCUGUAAGCACCUUGAAAGAUAAUCAGGAAACUGCUGGUCUUGUAACUAAUACUGCAAAACCUGUCUUGGGUACGUUGCCAUCUGCAUCUGGUUUAGCUUCCAAGCCAAGGCAACAAAUGGCAUCCAACAAUCUAAGACCUGCCUUUUCGGGAACAUUUACUCCAAUGCCUGAAAUAUCAGUUGGUCCUCUGCCUGGUGAAUCUGUUACUUUGCUCAAUACACAGAGGACAGGAGCAUUUAAUAAAAGUGUUGGGGACAGUCAAAAGAGUACCAGUGGCUUCACACCUUUUAAAUGGUUGAAUAGCGCCUCCAACUUGCUCUUCAAAAACAAUAUGGGCUCUCUGAACAGAGUUCCACCGAAACCACCUGUUAGGAGGCUUGAUAUAUCAGAAUUUCCUAGGAUACCAAAGAUCAAGAACCAAACUGGUACUUUAAGCUUUCAAACUGGUAACAAGCAAAGCAAUGGAAUACCUCGUGCCUGUAUCAACAGACUUGCAGGUAAUGACCGGAAUAGCCAGGCUACAAAACCAAUGGAAUUGGGAAAUAGUGAAAAGGAUAUUGAAAGACCUGUCCAGCAAAGGCAUCAAUCUUCUACCAUCACAGGUUCGACUGGCUGCUCCAGUACUUUUCAAGAAAAACACCAAGCUCAGGACUUGGUUUCCAGCUCAUCUGGUCAGGGUUGUACAAAAGUGACAAGUAGUACUGGUCACUUGACUAGUCUGCCAAAGUUGGAUGCCUAUGACCCAUUUGAACCCACAGAUGAUGAAGUUCAGCAUUGUAGCAAAAGCAGCAAAAAUACUUCACGAUUGAAACGCAACAUAAAAAAAGAAAUAGAUGAGAUAUAUGAUCCAUUUGAACCCACUGGCUCUGAUCCAUCUUCAUCAAAUUCCACUCCUGAUAGGAAUGAGUCAAGAUCUGGAGGCGAAUCCCCAGUGCCCAGCCCUGGUAAUGAUAUUUCUGAAGGAAAUGAACACACGACUAAUACAUUAAGUCUUUAUUUUAAUGUUGAUACUACACAGCUAUCUUGCACACAACAAACGGAGCCUUAUAAAAUCAAAACUGAAGCUCUAACAUUAGAGAAACCAACUGACAAUCCCGAUGGCUGUAAAUCUUUUACUGCGCCUUCUUUGACCUCUGGAGCAGAAGGUAUUAGUGAGUCUCAGGCUAAUAUUGAGGACAAAGAUAUAAAAUUGUAUGUAGAAUCUGACAUGAGAAAGUGGGGCAGUGAACGCACUGGACAAGUAUAUUGCAACUUUUCAACAUCUAAUGACAAACAGUCUGAACAGCAGACAAUAAAUACAGACAGUGAUGGCGUUAAUUCUUGUGUAGGCUCUGAAGAGGGUACUUUACAAGUUGUCACCAAAAUUGUUCCCACUUGUGUGCGAACUGAUGCAGAUACUUCAUCAGAAAAUGAGCUAAGAAAAACAGUGAAUAAAAAAGCCCACCCCAAAUCAAAGGCUCACUCAAGAUCACGAUCAAGAUCGCGUUCCCACAGCCAACACAAAUGUAAGAGCUCAGUCUCUGAAGAACACAAAGGCUACAGGUCAAGGUCAAGGUCAAAGGAACGGAAGAAGUUAAGGUCCCGCUCAAGGGAGCGACGGAGAUCAAAAUCUCGGUCAAGGUCUCGCUCCAGCAGCUCCGAGAAGUUUAAAAGGCGAAAGCCCAAACAAGAUAGGAGCAAAGAAAAAAGAGGAAGACGUUCCAGAUCAAGAUCUCGAGAGAGGAGGUCAGGUAGUUCCUCCUCUGGCUCAUCUACAGACAGUCACAAGCGAAGAAGGAGAAUAUCAGGAUCAAGGGAUCACAAAGGCUUCUCCAGGCACUCUUGGAGCAGUGAGAAAGGCAAGAGGAAGCUGUACCGACGGGAACAGUAUGACAGACGAAGCAGACGGUCAACCUCUUGGUCCAGGGAGAGAAAGCGCUCAAGAUCAUGGUCAAGGUCCAGAGAUAAGAAAAAAGUAUGGCCUAGAUCUAGGGAGAAGGUAAGGUCCUGGUCCAGAUCAAGUUCUAGAGAAAGGAGGUCAUGGUCUAGGUCCAGCUCUCGAGACAAGAGAAGAUCACGGACAAGAUCAAGUUCCAGAGAGAAGAGAAAACCAGCUAGGUCCAGGGAAAAGAAAAGAUCAAAGACUCGAUCCAGAUCUAGGGAAAGGAGAAAGCCAAGACCUCGAUCAAGAACCCGCUCCACGUCUAAAGGUCAGAGUAGAUCAAGAUCGAGAGAUAGGUGUUCACAAUCAAAAUGCCAAUACCCAGAAGUAGAUAGAAAACAAACUUUCUUUCAAGAUAAAGUAAAAUUUGAUGAGAAGGAUCAAGUGCAAAAGAAAAUUUCAACUUGCAGAGAUAAUGAGCCUUUGGAGAAGGAAGCUUCAGUAAAUAAGUUGCCUAUUUCUUGUGAGUCUCAGAAUUUUCAGGAAAGUAACUUUAUACCAGCUAUUCAGAACUCAUCCUGUUCAGUUGCCAUUAACGAGGAACCAGCACCAUACAUUGACAGUACACAGGAAGAAGAAGAACACAAAGAACUACUUGAUCAAAACAAGGACUCCAGCUGUAAAAGUGAGAGCUUAGGAGAAACUAUUACUGAUGUUUCUGUUGGAGUUGACCACAUUUGGGAAAGCAUUAACUCUUGCACAAGCCAGGCUGAUACAGUAAUGAAAAGUUCCAAUAUUGUAUCUGAGUUUCUACAAGUUAAAAGUCCUUGUUACCAAGUGUCUGCUGCUCCAGAUGAGGUUUCUAUUCCCUUAAUAUGCUUUGGCAAACAGGAGGAGAUUCCACUCUUAUCAGUAAAUGAAGAAACAGCCUUGAGACCUGAAGCUGAACCAUCUCAUGAUCAUUCACCGGCUAAACCUGAUACAUUUCUAUCUGUAACAGAGAAUUCCACCACUGCAGAUUCAGUGGUAACUGUAGAAAACCCAGAAGAAUCAGCAGAUAUGAGUACAGUUGAGGAACAGCAUAACUCCAGCACACUUGUUAAUGAAGCAGUAACUUUGUUUAAAAACAAACACUUUGACAGUGCAACAAGUACCUGCUCCCAGAGGAAUGAACCAAAUCAAGACACUGUGUCGGCUAGCUCUGGUUCAAACAGUUUAAAUAAGCAAGAGGAAGCACAGAGUGAUGUGAUUGAAAAUGACUCCUUGGAGACAAAGCCAGAAUCAAUGAAAACAGAGAGCAAUAAGGACUACAAGGAAAUUCCAAUGUUGGAAUCAACAGAGUCUGCAAAAGUGAAGACCGCAAGUGAAACUAGUUCCCAAAGCACUGGAGUGAAAACUAAACCCCUUGUCAAGAGAGUUACUUGGAACCUGGAGACAGAGGAGAAGGAUGAGGCAUCCUCUGGGAGGCCUGCAAGGACACCGUUCUCCUACAGGGUGCACAGGUUUAAUAAAGAAAGCAUGUGGAAAGCUCCAGAAACAAGUCCACCACCAAAUCAGGUGCCGAUGUUCCAGCCUCCAGCAGCAAAUUUUAUGAUUCCUCCACCAAUUUUCCCCGGUCUGUUUCCACCUCAGGCAUUUAACCAAGUCAACAUGCCACCACCUUUCAUGCCACCUUUCCCACCGUUGCAUCCACCUCCCUAUGCGCCAGUCAGCCAGCCUACAGUUCCAUAUAUUGUGCCAGGGAAUAUCCCGCUGAUUGGGUCCACUGCUGUGCCUCCAUUACUCCCACAGCCCACUUACCAAACUGCUGCGCCUAUCCCUGCUCCUAUUCCUCCUCCUGCUGCUCCAGUUCCGACUCCUGUUGUUUUGAAUUUCGCCGCUGAAACACAAGUAGUGCAAACCGAAGGAAACUUGGACACCGAUAAUAAAUCUUCCGAAGACAAAGCUCAAAAUGAGAUUUAUAUAAAAAAACUUCAUGUGCAAGAGAGGGCUGUUGAAGAAGCCAAAUUAGCACUAAAACCCUAUUAUCAGAAUAAAGAGAUCACCAAAGAAGAGUAUAAAGAGAUUCUACGGAAAGCAGUGCAAAAGAUCUGCCACAGCAAGAGUGGUGAAAUUAAUCCAGUCAAAGUUGCUAACCUUGUGAAAGGUUAUGUGGAGAAAUACAAACACAUCAGGAAAUACAAGAAAGGGGCAGAAGGAGAAAGCAGCAAAGAAACAGAGGCAAAGCCAGAAGCAAGCUGAAUGUGUGAAACCUGCAAAGACAAUACCCUCUUUGGUUCAUUGUACGGUUUCUCCUGUGAAUGUGGAGAACACUCCGAGACCAAUUAUAACAGGGCAAUGUUGACUGCAGCACCGAGACACUUUAUAUUUCAUGGUAUCGUCAGUCAAUGUAUAAAUGCACCUGGGAGAAAGGAAAAAAAAAAGAGGCCAGAAGAUCUUCAACUGGAACCUUCCUGCCCAUUGUCUUUUCUUUUGUACAAUAGAACACAACUUCACACUGUGACUGUCUUUCCUGCCAUGAAUCCGAUUUAUAGACAUUGUUUGCCUUUAGCAUAAUGUUCCUUUACUUAAGAUCAAUUGAAUACUUGAAGCUCUGUUUAGUCAGUCUGAUUGUGCCUGAUACAAGGUAAAAGUCUAAAUAAUUCGGGUUUAUAAAACAUUAGCCACUUUUUUCAAACAGUCUAUUUUUAGGUUACUCGUUUCUGGUUAAAUCAUAACAUCUUGGCUUAUCAAAAUUUGCAGAAGAUCAUCAACGCUCUAAACUGCUUGUCAUAAGUUAUAAUUUAAAAGCCAUAUUUGCAUCUUUUAUUGCUGUAAAUAAUAUUCAAAUAAUUCAUUUGUUAGAGAAAUGGAGUGUUUUUUUCCUCUCCCCAAUAUGAAUAAUUAUAGGUUUGUGAUGAUAAAAUGCAUUGUAAAUGGUAUGUUGGGUAUAUUCUUUCUGUUUUCAUUGUGCUUAAACAACCCAACUAAGAUUAGAAUAACAAUGCAUAGAAACGUCUUGCUUAAGUACUCAUCCUGAUUAAUCAAAUUGGUCAACCUUUUGGACCCCUGUGGUUCUUGCAAACUAGAACAUUGUGCUGGGACUUUAGAUUUCGGUAACAUUAAGAGCAGUAGGAGACUAUUCAGCUCCUCAAGCCUGUUACUCAGAUUCAGGAAAGGAUCAUUCAGCUCCUGAAGCAGGAGAGGGUGAAGGCCAUUAGUGUCACAAGCUUGUCACGAUGGAGCAAGAGCAGGCUGUUCAGUCACUGGAGCCUGUGAGGAGGCUAUUGAUCCCCUUGAGCCUGUUACACAGGAGCAUGAGACCAUUUAGCCUCUCGAACCUAUACUGUCAUCAUGUCAGAUCUGGAUUUCAACUCUAUUUACAUACCACUGCUUUGUAUCCUUUGAUACCCUUACACAACAACAAUAAGAUUAUCUCAAUCCUGAAGUCUCCAAUUAUUGCACAACUUUCACAGUCUACUGGGCAGAGAUUUUCCAUAUUUCCGCUACUCUUAUCAUGUUACCUGAAUAUAGUAAUUUAUUAUUUCAGCAUGCAGUCAUUUUGUCUUCACCCUAAGUUGCCCUAGCAAUGAAGUGGCUUGUCGUGCAUAUUAUGUGGGACUGGAGUUGGCUGUAGGUUCUGGUUAAGGUGGGAUGAUAAUUUUCCCUUUCCUGAAGGGUAUUUCAUGACUAAAGCAAAGUACUGCAGAUUCUGCAAAUCUGAAAUAAAACCAGAAAAUUCUGUAAAUAAUCAAGCUUGGCAGUGUUAGUGGAGAGAAAGAAACAGUUCAUAUUUCAGGUUGAUCACCUUUCAUUGAUAAUUGCUCAAAUUCGUGGCUAUUGUCACCGUACUGGUCAAUACAUUGCCUGGUGUAUUUGCAAUUGACAAAACAAAUGGAAUUGUUUUGCCAACUGUAUUCACUAUAAAGUUUCAACUGGUCCUGAAUUCUACUCACUCCACCUCCCUGGCUAUUUCCAAUAUGCCUAUUGGCUUAGCUCCUGCCAACAUGCACUGGUUCUCCAAGCCUAACACACCUAUUUCAUCCUUAAGGCUCAAACACAUUGUUCUAAAUUCUGUGAAUCCUAAUCACCUUGGCUGGUUAGCUGGUCCUGAUAGGGAUUCCGUGUUAACUUGCUCAUUAUCUACUCUGUGCUGAUUUCCUCUCCUCUGUCAAGGCCCCAGAUUGAUUUUUAUUAUUCACAAUGCCUUAUUAGUGGGAAUUGACUGUAUUGUUCACAUCACAGAACAUUUGGCAUUGUUUAAGUUUGCCUCGUGGACAUGAGAUUUUUUUAAAAGCCAUUUUCCAUCUUUUUAAAGAGAAAAUAGAAUUAGUCUGUUUAAUUGUGUUAGUACAUUUGCAUUUUGCUUAAACAAAAGAUUAUUUUAAAGGACAUAAUAUCAAACUUGACAAGGGACUAUCCUUUGAAUUGUCCUUGUUAAACUGAUUCCUGAACGCUUUAGACCAUUGAAAACACUUUCUUUGAACACACAGUGUUGAAGUUGAGAUGACAAGGUGUAGAGCUGGAUGAA